CCACCACUAUCUUGAAUUCGGAAAUUUUUUGACGCACUUGUUUGUUUUGUUUACAAUUACACCACGGAACUAAAUCGGGAGCUUCGAAAUAUUUGGGAUUCGUGCGACGGGACAAGGAUAAGUGGACAGUGGAGCAGGCCGUCCGGGGUGAACGACCCAUGAGAAGUUUUAUGCACAAAUCGCCGGUCGCGUGUUCCCUCGCCCGAGAAACCCCAGAAUUUCCGAGAAUUGCUAUUUAUGGCUUCGAAUGCGCAACUCGGGAAAAUCAUUUUGAUAGCCGCAAUCGCCGUGUUCUUCUACUACUUCUUUUGGGUGGCCGUCCUCCCGUUUAUGCUCAUCGAUGAAGGCAAUCCCAUACGGCUGUUCUUUCCACCGCUGAAGUACGCUUUCAUAGUGCCCACCGUGUUCGGGGUGAUCUUCCUCGGCGGCAUCGCCGCGUUUUCCUUUUACCACAUCUGGAGCCUGAGAGUGAAACGCGAUUAAGGGGUUAUCCAGAGGUUAUCUUGCGCGGUGCGAACGUACGAUUCCACUGAAAAACAAGGAAGAGCGAUAGUCAGUCGAGGACAAGAUGCCGCAGUGGCUGGUCAUUGGAAUCUCGGGCGUCACCUGUGGUGGCAAGACGACGCUAGCCCACAGCCUGCACGACUAUUUCAAAGGUCUGAGUGGAGCUCCGCUGUGGAACUCUCCGUACACCAUUGGCGAGGUGCGUCUGAUCUCGCAGGAUGACUACUUUCUGCCCGUGGAGGACAAGCGUCAUCAGCGGAAUGAGGCGCUCAACGCCAUCAACUUCGAGCUCAUCACCUCGCUGGACAUGGCCAAGAUGUUAAACGACAUAGCGCAUAUUAUCAAGGGGCACCAUGUGGCCCCCGAGCCACCAGAGCAGCUUGUGACCUAUGCCAACUUUGAGCACUACGCCCUGCAGUUCCAGCAGCAGUACCAGUACAAUGCAAACUACUACAAACAGGCCAAUAGUGGCGUCUAUCAAUAUCCGCCACAGCAGCAUCCGCGACAUCACCACCAUCACCAGCAGCACCAGCACCAGCAGCAAAUCCAGCAGCAGCAGCACAUAAUGCGCAUCAAUGCCCAAAUUGCCCAGCUGAGGGACAAGAAGGUAAACUUCCUCCUGGUCGAAGGUUUCAUGAUCUUCAAUCAGCCGGAGUUGCUGGCCCUCUGCAACCUCAAGUACCACUUCCAUCUGCCCUAUGAGAAGUGCUUCGAGCGGCGCAGUAAGCGCACCUACGAUCCACCCGAUGUCACGGGUUACUUCGAGCUCUGUGUGUGGCCGCACUACGAAAGGAACUUCAGCGAGUACCGCGACUGCAAGGACAUCACAUUCCUCAAUGGCGAGAUCGCCAAAGAGAAGAUCUUCAAGUUCGUCCUCCAGCGCAUCGUCCACUACUUUGAGGAGCGCUGCGAGGUCCCAGCUCCUGCUCCCGUCGUCUGUCCGCCGCAGCAGAAGCGAUUCGGGAUGCUCUACAUGGGUCCGAGCAAUAACAACGUCAUGCCGACGGCGUGUCCCAUGGAGCAAUAGAUUUUCCUUGGAUGCAGUGUACAAUAAAUUAAUAUUGUAUAGUAGUAGGAUGUUAAACGGUUAUAAGUUGUUUGGAUUAUUACUCCGAAUCGUGACUAAAAGCCCCAUAUUACGACAUAGUUGUAAGCUACUCUUAGGGUGGUUCGAUUUUAAAUUGUUAACAAAUCAUCAUCUAAAAUCAAUUAUUCAAUUCAAAUUAGAAACUAGUAUUUUGGAACUCGAGCAAGUUUUAAUCACCGCAAAGUCCAAAGAAAACUGUAGUAUUGUUUAGUGUUUAUUUUGAUUGUUUUGCCCAACCUUCAACUUCCAAGGCAAAUUUGCCUACAGUUUUUAGCUUUCUUUCACAAAUUGAACCAAAUCGACCCGCCCUAGAAUACAACUAUUAUUAGUUAGUCUUUAUUUCGUAUUAAGAUAGUUAUUAUGGGUGACAUGGUCUCUCUUGUGGAGAAUGCUCUUGUAACCAGAUUGUGAAAUGAAGAAACUCGGUUCAGGAAUUCAUAUUUAGCUGUGCUAACUAUUAUAUUGUAUUGUUUACUAUUACGUCAUGGAAUUUUGCAAAACCCCAACGAGGCAUUUGGUGUGGGGCGUUUUUAUGGAGUCGAAAAGUUAUUGUACUAUAUAAUGGAUAUUUAUAUAUGCACCUUGUAAAUACCGUAGUGUAUAUUUACCAAAUUAAACCUAGCUUUAAGACUACGACCUAAAAGAAUUAUAUUUUUUUCUUGUGCGAAACAAAACACACAUACGAAUAAACAGACAUUUAACCUCAA